AUGUGGAGGCGCGGGUCGGGAUCGAGCCAUCCCGGACAGAUCCCCGCACUUACCGGCCCUCGCUCCACGGGAGAACGGCAUCGAGCAACAGCAUGCGACGAUAUGGCACCGCUGCUGCAAGAGGACCUGUUCAGUGGUUGGACACUGAGUGCUGCUGGUGGGUGGAGUGCUGCGAUCACGGAUCCGCUAUUGAUUGUGUAUGCUGUGGAUGGGGGUGCUGCUUUGCGUGAUGUCUGCUGUGCCUCACGGGUUCUCUGGCUGGCGGGCGGGCCGUUCCGUGCCUAG